UAUACAGCUACAUUCAAGUUUUCGACUUCCUCGAUAGGUUGUAGCAAUCGAAUUGACCCUCGCUUUUAAAUCGAUUGCAUCCUUGAGUAACUUCCGAGCAAUAAAUUACGUCAUUUAUAUUUGAUGUAUUUUUGUGUGGAUUAAUUUGUAUGAGGACGUAAAAUGGGAAAAUCUUCACGGGACAAACGUGAUGUUUUUUACCGACUUGCAAAAGAGGGUAGUUUCAGGGCAAGAAGCGCAUAUAAAUUGAUCCAAAUAGACGAAGAAUUCGAUUUGUUUACCGGAAUAUCUCAUGUGGUAGAUCUGUGUGCAGCUCCAGGGAGCUGGAGUCAAGUUGUGUCACAGAAAUUAGUAUCAGACAAAAAUGUGGAUGAGAAAGAUGUGAAAAUUGUGGCUGUGGAUUUGCAAGCAAUGGCUCCUCUGCCAGGAGUUGUGCAAAUUCAGGGUGAUAUCACGAAGAAGGAGACUGCUCAGGCCAUUAUAGAACACUUUGAGGGAAAGUCUGCCCAGCUUGUUUUGUGUGAUGGAGCACCUGAUGUAACAGGACUGCCUGACUUUGAUGAAUACAUUCAAGCACAGUUACUGCUGGCUGCUUUCAAUAUUUCGACAAACGUGCUGGUUCCAGGAGGCACAUUCCUAGCAAAGUUGUUUUGUGGCAAGGACGUUCUGGUCCUUUUAUCUCACCUUCAGACGUUCUUCAAAGAAGUCAUUGUCGUUAAGCCACAUACUUCACGCAACUCAAGCAUAGAGUCAUUUGUGCUUUGCAAGACUUACUGCCCUCCACCUCAGUAUGUGCCAAGUAUGGAUAAGCCAGUACUGUAUUUGACAGAUCUUCCUAUACAGAAGUAUCCACUCGUCCAUUUCAAAGCAUGUGGAAAUGAAAUUGGUUAUGACUCAGACACUAAUUAUCCAUUGCAGGUAUGUAGUAAUCAUUUACUUAUUAAACAUGCAUUGGAAAUGAUUAGGCACCAUGUAUUAAUCAAACCGUGAAGAUGUGGGUUGUCAUGUUGACAUUACUUAGGUCUUCUUCCUUCAUUCCAUGUUCAGUAUGGUGAGUGGUUGUGUUAGUAUGCUAGUAACAUAUUUUGCACAAUUUACGUGUUCUUAUAAAUAAACCAAUAGUAUUUCUUAUUAAAUUGACAGCAUCUGACUUAAAAUUAUGUAGUUUUAAUCUGUAAUGUAGGAAAAUUCUUCUGAAAGGUUGAGCUAGAACAGUUACUAUCUGCGGUAGAAAAUGAAAUGAAGAUAAAUCCAGGUAAAAGUAAAACAGUCAGCUUCAAUAGAGCUAGGGUGAAGGAUAGGCUGAGGUACUUUUUUGGGGAUAAAUUAAUUCCAGAGGCAAAUAGCUUUAAGUACUUAGGAAUACUUAUUUGCAGUGAUCUGAGCUGGGCAGAUCAUGUAAAUUAUACACUAAUUAAAGCAUGGAAGGCUCU